CUCCUGGGACUGUAUAAAAGCCCUCAGUCACCGUUCAGGGAGCACGGAGAAGGCUCAAGCUCUCAGGUGUAUCUGUCUGUCUGUCCAGCAAUCAUGAAGGCUGUAUCUCUGAUUCUUGCUCUGGCAGUCAUCACUGGCUGCAAUGCCCGUGCUGUGCGCCAGGCUGAUGCCACCCCAAACCAAUGGGAGGAAACCGUGGAUCGUUUCUGGCAGUACGUCUCUGAUAUUAACCAAAAGGCUGAUGGAGUUGUGCAGGACCUCAAGGCCUCCCAGCUCAGCAGGGAGCUAGACACUCUGAUCACUGACACCAUGGCAGAGCUGACAACAUACAGAGAAGACAUCCAGACCAAGCUGACCCCCUACACCGAUGCCUCCACAGGCCACCUGUCUCAGGACCUGCAGCUCCUGGCUAACAAACUCCAGAAGGACAUGCUGGAUGCCAAGGAGCGCAGCACUGAGUAUUUGGGUGAGCUCAAGACCAUGAUUGAGCAGAAUGGCGAUGAUGUCCGUGGCCGCAUCAACUCCUACACCCACAAGCUGAAGAAACGCCUGAACAAGGACACUCAGGAGAUUCGCGACACCGUGGCAACCUACCUGGGUGAGCUCCAGUCCCGCACCUCCCAGAACCUGGAGGCUGCGAGGGAGCAGGUUGAGCCCUACGUCCAGCAGGCCAGUGACAGCGCCACCAAGAAGAUUAGCGACAUCUCUACCAUGCUGAAGACACAGGCUGAGGGCUUGGGCCAGCAGCUGGAGACUCAGGCUGAGGGCAUCAGAAGCCAGCUGGAGGCCACCGCCCAGGACCUGCGCACCUCACUGGAAGGCAAGAUCGACGAGCUGACCGAGAUGCUCUCCCCCUAUGCCACCAAGAUCCGUGAGCAGUUUGAGGGCAUCGUGGACAAAGUCAAGGAGACCGCCACUGCCUAAAGAAAGACUGAGGGUUUUCAAGGGGUUGUAGAUGGAUGUGUAAACCACUGAUUUCUUAAUACCCUGACAAAGAGGGGAAUGGGGGAGUUGCGAGUUACAGAUAAUAUCUUUAUUUGAGUGCUCUACUGUUUAGGGUAAGGGGGUUGAUUAGAUGAAGGAGGGAGGAUGAGGUGCUGACUGUUACAGAACAUUCAGCAGAUAAACAUCUGUUGGGUUCUUUCAUCUGCACAGUCACCCUUUCUUCUCUUAUCAACUCCUGUCACUGAACACAAGCACCCCAGCCGAUAACAACCUUUAAUACACAAACAGGAGACAAUUAUUUGUAAUAUGCUUCGCUUUUCUACUUUGAAAUAACUGUUCUAGCUGCCGAUCCCCCCCAAGUUUUUGUCUUGAGCUUCCUACAUUUUGUUUGGUUGUAAAUAUAACUUCUGAGUUUGAGGUAUUCCAUCCCUAAAUGCACCGAACACCGUCUUUCAUUUCAAUAAAUGCACUGAAUUUUUCUCAAAGUGAUACUAAACCACUAAAGUGUCCUUCUGUAUUGUCUGCAUUUCUUGUUGUUCACAGAGAAGUGGAAUGUAAAAUGACUUGAUGCAAGUAUGACAGAAGAGUAGUGAAGUGUAAUGCUGCCUGUUUUUCAGUCUGACUAUAGAGUGUCCCUUGUGUUCCACAUAUGCCCACCAUGCUGCUCACUGUAAGUGCACUGCCUGUGGCUGCACUGUUCUGACCAGUGCUGAGUGAAUAAAGAACCUAGAAAAGA